AUGCCUGACAGUGCGCGAAAAGAGAUGCCCAUGAUUGGAAUCGGCACCUGGGAGGUGCUCCCUCGCUGGGAAUAGCAAACAUUUUCUUGAUUCAGAUGAAAAGUGAAGUUACUCUGGAAGAUGUCAUUAGGACCGGCUUGGAAACCGGCUACCGCUUGAUUGAUACGGCUCAGGUAGGACUCUUAUUUUCGUUUUUUUUUCUUCACUAACUCCGUAAAAACGGUUUUCAUUAUUUUACAUUAACCACAACCCGAAAGUACUGCGACACAAUGUAUAUCGGAAAGUCUAGAGCUAACGAGUUGAACGGAGUUCGGACUAGAAAAAAAGUUUACAAACGAAGUUGUUUGAUGAGUCCAAAGCAACUUCAAUGAAAAAAAGUAAAUUUUGCUAUUAGUACAGUUUAAACUCUGACCGUUUCUCUUUCGAACAAGUCGCUUUUCAAAUAAUUAUUUUCAUACAAUUGUCUAAACAAAAACAGCUUUCAAAAUUGAGGUGAAUGUAAUGUAUAACCAGCGACCAGUGCUGCUGACGGGGCGCCGUGCUGAUUAGAUAAGUUGAAAUGAAUUAUAAGUGAAUAAAUCCGCAGAGUAACGACUAAUAAAGAAAUAUAUUGGUCGAAGAAAAUGAAAAUUCAUUUAUAUCAUUGAGUAACUGUGAAAAAAUCUUCUAACAAUGUGACCGCUUCGCGGUGCGGGACGCCCCGUAGCGCGUUGCGGUCGCUCCGGUCUGAUAAGCAGCUCUGCCAGCAACCAUCCAAAACGCGAAAAAAAAAUUCGGUCGUCCGUGCGAACGUUUUUUUAGUGUCAUUUAACUUAAUUUUGAAAGUUUAUGAAUGAAUUCAAAAAAUAAAAAUAAUUUUCAAGGUGUACGGUAACGAAGGAUCAAUCGGGAGAAUACUCGAGAAGGUUUUGCCAGAACUCGGUCUGACCAGGUUAUUAAAAUGAUCGAUCUUGGCGGAAAAUAAAUCGAGAAGAAUUACACCUAACUAGGGCAUGGUCUCCGCUCGACAACGAGUUGAUAAUUGAGACUUUGUGGGUGUAUAGGCCUAGGUGAGAGUACACGGAAUCAAAAAUAAAAUUCUAAAAAUAGGCGACCGAGGAAAAGCUUGUCGAAAGUUUUCCAGCGCAGAUAUGGCCGCGCUCGGAGCCUUUAGCUAGCGACUGGCAGCGUGGUGUAGUAUUUAGUGGUCUUGUGCACUGUCAAUAUUGGGACCAUGGUUCGAAUCCUUUUGGCGGAAAUCGUUUUUGCCGGCUCAUAACUUUAACACUUUCACAUUUUUGUGAGAUUUUUUUCCAAAAUUUACAUAAAACUUGCAGAAAACUAUUAUUUAUACUACUUUACUCAUGCCAAGUCUUUCUUCUCGUAUUGAGGGGGAUAUUCUCAAAUAUUUUGUUGGAAGACAGGCAAUAAACAGCAUAGUUAUUAAAUUUAAGCUUAUUUCGUGACAAAUUCUGUUGGAAACUUUGAAAUCGUCAUAAUUUCUGACACCUGUAACGCGAAACCGAACGAAAAAGUUUCAUUUUCGGAAUUUUUUUAAACAUGUUAUUGUAUUUCUGUUUAGUACACUUGUGUCUAAAAGACAGGUAGUCGCUUUUCAAAAAUGCUCAAAGUUUUCAGAACAUAUCUACUCGACGUGAAUUUUUCAUAAACAGAUCGUUUGCUUCGGCGUUUGCCCAUGAAGUAGAGAAAAAAACGAAAAAAAAAAUUUCAAACUAGUAUUUUGUUUUUUAUUGGGAUUUUUGUAAAUUUUUAUUGUAAAUUAUUGAAAAAAAAUCUCACAAAAAUGUGAAAGUGUUAAAGUUAUGAGCCGGCAAAAACGAUUUCCGCCAAAAGGAUUCGAACCAUGGUCCCAAUAUUGACAGUGCACAAGACGACUACCCACUACACCACGCUGCCAGUGGCUAGCCCAAGGCUCCGAGCGCGGCCAUAUGCGCGCUGGAAAAAUUUCGACGAGCUUUUCCUCGGUUGCCUGAGGGGUUUAGCAGAGUUUUAUUUUUGAAUCCGAGAACUCUUACCUAGGGCUAUCGAACCUACAUAGGCUCAAUUCUCAACUCGUUGUCGAGCGGAGACCAUGCCCUAGUAAGAAGUUUGCGAAAUUCUUACAAUGACCUAAUGGGAAUGAAGUAACAAAAAAUGUCGUUUCACUUUUUUUUCAAGAUCUUCCUGAAAUGGAACUCCUGCAUGAACCGAAACAGAUUCUGAAAGGUUUCCCUGCACAACUUCCUAGAAUGCAUUAUAUUUUUAAUUCGAAAAAAAAUUCAGAGAAGAUAUCUUCAUCACAUCAAAAUUAUCUCCAUCGAACGCCGGAGUCAAAAAAGCAACAAGUUCUGUUAUUAAGUUCGAAUUGAUUUCGUGAUUCGUUAAAGUUAAAGUUCAAGGUCCCUAGAAAAACUAAAAACGGACUAUUUGGAUUUGUUGCUCAUUCAUUGGCCGGGAAGUCGUUUGAAAUCAGAAGACGAAGGAAAUCGCAUCCUCCGACGCGAAAGCUGGGAAGCCUUGACUGAUCUCAUGCGUAAGGACAUAAUUCGCACAAAUCACCCUUUGACCUGCUAGCAAAAAUGAAGUAAUAUUCAGAACAAGGAAAGUUGCGAGAGAUUGGCGUUUCCAACUUCGAAGUUAAACAUUUGGAAGAAUUGAAAUCUUUUUCCAAUGUUCUUCCCGCUGUCAACCAGGUUUGUCUCUGUCUUCGUGUUUCUGAGGCCUCAAGAGCCUUAAAUCUUUUUCUUAACGCAAUUUUUUUCAAAUCUUGUAAUCACAAGAUAUAAGGAAAGCAUCACAUCAUCGAAGCACGAGCACUUCGGAAGCAGAUAUAUUGUCUCUGAUAGACAAACUUCAGGUUGAGUUUCAUCCGCACUUCCAUCAAAUCGAACUACUGAAAUACUGCAGGGAAAAUCAAAUCAAGUUUCAAGUUUUUUUUUUUGAGAAUGCGUCAUUGAUUCAGAAUGAGUUCCAGGCGUACAGCAGUCUUGGAAGUCCGAACUACCGAGAGAAACUCUUCGAAGAUCAUCAAGUACAGAGACUAGCUAAAAAGUUUUUUGUUUGUAAAUACAAUUAGACUUGUAUAAAAGUUUAGAUUUUUACCAGACAGUGAAAAAAAAAACAGAAAAUAAAGCGGAAAAAAGAAGCGGAAAAUAGAUUAAUCCUGACGCAAAAAAGAACUGAAUGUGAAAGAGCGAUAUUGCAAACAUUUCAAUACUGUUUUGGUUCUAAUUUGUCAAGUUCAUACAGUUUUCGUUUUUUUUUUUCGUUUUCCGCCCAAAUAUAAAAAUCCAGAAGGUACAAGAAAACGGACAGCGGAAAGUUUGUAAGUCCCCUAGGAUUGCAUGGCGAAUAUCAUUUUUUUUCUUAUAAGAAAAAAACUUGCAAUAAAAAUUUUUUUAAAAUAUUCGGCGGUUUCUCAUUAACCAAAAAUAGUGUUAAGGUAUGACGUGAGUGUUCCUGUUUUUCUGUUGGCCUGGGCGUACUCCCAAAAAAUCGGCGUCCUGCCUCGCACAUCCAACAAAUCUCAUGUAAUUGAAAAUUACAACUGUAUCAAAAUUCACGUGAGUUAUUUGGUUUUUUUUUCCCACGAAUAGAACUUUUCAGAUUUCCCAAGAAGAUAUCGACAUCUUGCUUUAUAACGACAAAGAGAAGAAAACUUGUUGGGAUCCUCGCGUUGUUAUUUGA